GCCCUCCCCUCCUUCUGGGAGCCAGAGGGGGGUUAAAAACAGUCAGCCAAGCACCAAGCUCCAGGUGGCUCUGAAGUACUUCACUGCCAAAAGAAGGGAGAAAAAAAAAAAAAAAAUCCUACGCUGGAAAACAAGUGAGAAGGGGGCUCCCCAGAGGGGACUGGUUCAGGCUGGAGACAGCAAACUUGGGAAAGCCCGAGGAGCCAGCUCGCGCUGGUGGCCGGCGCAGCCAGCACACCGCCACUUUGCAGCAAUUCGCCGGAGCUGGAGGCGCGGGGCGGAGGCUGCCUGCGGCCGCGGGGCCACACGGAAGGGACCCGGCAGCCCCCGGCUCCACGCGGAGGCAUCGCGCUCUCCCCUCCUUGCUCCCCUACUCUCCCCCCUCUCUCGGCCCCCUCCCCCUCCCGCUCCCUGGCGUUCCCAGCAGCCGAGGGUUUCAGAUGUCCCACCGCCGUUUGACCCCCUCCCCCCGUUCCUCCACCCCUGCAAAUGAGGUCUGACCAGCAGAGGCAGAGCCCACCUCUGGCUUAGAAUCACUGACAUUUAGACUCCAGGCUUCAACCUGUUUACAAGAGGGCUUUCCAAAGGAAGGGGGGGUGGGGAGGGAGAGAGGACCAAACAAAACACCAACCGCCAUCUCCCCCAAACAAGAAGUGACUUUCUGGAGGCUUCAAAUCAACAGGCACCACCAAAAAGAGAAAGCAAGACGGGGAAGGAAACAUCGGCGACCGGCAGCUUGCCUCCAGUUCUGACAACCGCAGAGGGACGCGCUUUUAGAACUGGCUAGCGGGCUGGGGCUCUGCGGAGAGGGCCCAGAAGGUGCCAAGCCCAGAGAGGCGCAGACAUCUCCCCCCAGCCUCCCACCCCAACCUCUGUGGGUUUUGUUCACCGUGCUGUCAUCUGUUUUUCAGACCUUUUUUUGCAUCUAACAUGGUGAAGAAAGGGGUGAAGAAGAGAACAAAGUAACUCCUAGGGGAGUGAAGACCGCUGGUGACCGUGACCACCACCACCACCACCACCGCCGCCGCCGCCGCCGCCACCAGCUCCUGCCAUUGCGGCCACCCACGUUCACCAUUCACCGGGAGACUCGAGAGGCGCUCGGCGGCGGGCCCGAGAAAGGAGCGAAGAGAGGCAGCCGGCCCUUCCGAGGAGUUAUGGAUGUUGGUGCAUUCACUUCUGGCCAGAUCUGCGCCCCGAGGGAGCUAACCAGCGGCCGCCACCUCCAGCUGUCUCCUUGCCUCGCACCAGGUCUUACCCGUCCAGUAUGUUCCUUCUGAUGAGACAAUCUCCAGUGCCGAGAGUUUCAGUACAAUGUGGAAAUGGAUACUGACACAUUGUGCCUCAGCCUUUCCCCACCUGCCUGGCAGCGGCUGCUGCUUCUUGUUGCUGUUCUUGGUGUCUUCCAUCCCUGUCACCUGCCCAGCCCUUGGUCAGGGCAUGGUGUCACCAGAGGCCACCAACUCCUCUUCCUCCUCCUCCUCGUCCUCGUCCUCCGCGUCCUCGUCCUCCUUCUCCUCUCCUUCUAGUGCGGGGAGGCACGUGCGGAGCUACAAUCACCUCCAAGGAGAUGUCCGCUGGAGAAAGCUCUUCUCUUUUACCAAGUACUUUCUCAAGAUCGAGAAGAACGGGAAGGUCAGCGGUACCAAGAAGGAGAACUGCCCGUACAGUAUCCUAGAGAUAACUUCAGUGGAAAUCGGAGUUGUUGCCGUCAAAGCCAUUAACAGCAACUAUUAUUUAGCCAUGAACAAGAAGGGGAAACUCUAUGGCUCAAAAGAAUUUAACAAUGACUGUAAGCUGAAGGAGAGGAUAGAGGAAAAUGGAUACAAUACGUACGCAUCCUUCAACUGGCAACACAAUGGGAGGCAAAUGUACGUGGCAUUGAAUGGAAAAGGAGCUCCCCGGAGAGGACAGAAAACACGAAGAAAAAACACCUCAGCUCAUUUUCUUCCAAUGGUGGUACACUCAUAGAGGAAGGCAAGGUUUGUGGAUGCAGGAGAACCAAAGGUUCUUUUGCCAGGACUAGUUGGUAUUCUUCAUGAAGACAGUAGCUCAAAAGGCAGAGACAUACUGCAGAUGUCAGAUGUCUGCUUGCUUGAACAAAAGAAGUCUUUGAAGGUUUUGUACUCACUGCUGACAUAUGAUGUUCUUUUAAUUAGUUCUGUGUCAUGCCUUAUAAUCGAGAUAUAGGCAGAGUUACAUGGGAUGGAAGUUAUUCCUAAGCAAACAACAUUGUGGCUGGGUUUUUGGAGAAGUUUUUGUUUCUGUUCUUGUUUUUUAACCUCUGAGCUAGAACUUGAAGGACAUGGAACAAUCUGUUGGAUCGUCGGGAAAGUUAUUUAUGGAAUACGAACUCAUAUCAAAGACUUUCAUUGCUCAUGCAAGCCUAAUGAUUCAAUGAGCAGUAAGACAUGCAAGCAUUUACUGGAAAGCACUUGGGUCACAUCAUAUGCACAACCAAAGGAGCUUUGGGCGUGGCAUCAUGGAAGAGUUGGAUAAGAAUUAAAAAAAUGUAAACAUGUUAGUGUUAAACUGUUCUAACAAAACAAAUAGUACGGUAUGCUUGUGCAUUCUGCCUUCAUCCCUUUCUAUUUCGUUCUAAGUUAUUUAUUUAAUAGGAUGUUAAAUAUCUUUUGGGGUUUUAAAGAGUAUCCUCAGCAGCUGCCCUCUGAUUUACCUUUUCUUUUUCUUCAGCACACCACAUGCAUGUUCAUGACAAAGUGUUUUUAAAACUUGGCAAACACUUCAAGAAUAGGAGAGGAGAUAGGGAAGCAGGGUGAGAGCCCCAUGUGCUAUGAGUUAACUUAAUAUCACUCCUGCAAUAAGAACCAUCCACAAUAAAUAUGACAGUGUUGUGGCAUGGCUUGAUGAGAGAUAUCUGCCAUCGUUUAAAAACAUCGAUCACUCCUAAGGCUUCCUUUCAUAAAAAAAAAAUAGACCAGAAGGCCAAAUUCUUCUCUUUCAAUACACUAAUGGGGCUCUAAGAAUAUACUAAAAGAAGGAAAAUUGUUAAAUAAAUUUUAGUAGCCCAGCCUCAUUAUUUCCCAACGAUUUUUUGCCGUGUGUCACGGUGGUAAGUGAUGAAGAGGCUGUCUGCAUAUAUAAGAACCCUUUAUAAGUCCCACAGAGUGCAUUUCCCCCAAAGGAAUUAUCAAGGAAUUUGAAGUGUAACUCUCCCAGGGGCUUAAACUGAGCAAAUAUAUCCUCGUAUAUGUGUAACCAUAUACUGAAACCUGUUCGAGCUGUAUGAUCUAGUCUUUACAAAACCAAAUAAAACUUAUUUUCUGUCAAUUUAAAGAGCUUUGGAAGAUUCCAUCAUGUAACCAUAUCAAAAUUCAUUUUGUUAGAGCAGGUAUAGAAAACAAUACAUAAGAGUAUACCAGUCAUCAUCACAUUGUAUUCCAGUAAAUAAAUACAUAAGCCUUA